AAUGAUUAUGAAUAUUUGUGUGGCAAUAAAUGUUGCAGAUAUUUAAAUAACUGGAUAUACUAUGUAUCAAAGAAACACCAUUUGCGUGAAUUCAUUAUCAGUCUUAUUAUAUCAGAAUCUAAAUAUAAAUAUUCUGGCCCUAACCCCCAAAUAUCAUGUAUUGAUUAUAAAUAUGAGGAAAAAUAUAAGGAACCUGAAAAAAUAAUAAAAUUAUUAAAUUUUCAAGAUAAUAUUCAGAUUAUUUUGGAGACAUUAUUAGAUAAAGUUGAUUCAAUAAGCUGUCCUGCGCAAAUAUAUUUAUACGAAUGUAUUAAUAUAUAUAGAGAAUUGGAUCAGAAUUAUUGUUCUAAUCCGGAAGAAAUGAAUGGAGAGAACAAAAGCAUUUGUGAAAUAUUACAUAAAUUUAAGACAUCAUAUACGGAAAAUCUUUAUAAUAAAAAAGGAAUAGAAGAUAAAACGCCAAAUUUAUCGUCCAUUAUUAAUAUAAAAGACAUAGUCAGUUGCCGAGAAUAUAUAGGGAAAGCAGCAUCGUUUUCUGAUAAAGGUAAUAAUUCGGGUAGUUCUAUAUCAUAUAGUGUAACUACAGCUGUUGGAACAAUGGCUUGGGCAUCUUCCAUAUUAGCACUAUUAUAUAAGGUUACACAAAAUUUCAUUUAA